UAGUCAGGUGACUGUCUGCAGACAGAACAUGGCUGACCUGUCAGAAGACCAAUGAGGAAAAGGCCAAAUUUAGCAUAAUCGAUCUUAUUUUUUUACGCCGUACUGACCACCGUUGACCGUCGUGGACAGCAAUUGACCAGAGGGGCACACAAGAUGAGCGAGUUUCCGGAGGGAAUAGCAAAUGGCCCGAGCAGGGGUAAACACUUGCAGAAAGAUGCUCAAAUUUGGGAGAGGCCGUGGACUCUUGAAGAGAUGCGGCAGAGCAGUGCCAACUGGUCCCUGGCAGCCGACUCUGGGCUCUUCCUCUUCCUCCAAGACUUCUCCCAUAGAAUGCUCUCAAAGACUCAUGAGAUUGAAAAGCAGUUGGACAGUCUGAUCCGUGACACCAAGGCCACAGACAGCUGCUUGCACUCUGUCUUUAACGACUUCCUCAUGCUUUCCAAUACACAGUUUAUAGAAAAUAGAGUGUAUGAUGAAGAGGUGGAAGAUGCUGUUUCCAAGACAGAAGCUUUUGAGAAGCAGCCUGAGCAGGAGAAAACUCGAGAGCAGAAAGAGGCAGAGUUGAUCCCUAAGAUGCAGGAAGCUGUCAACUACGGUUUGAGCGUCUUGGAGUCAGCCUUUGAGCAUCUGGACAUCAAAGCAGGAAACUCUGACUCAGAGGAUGAGGACCUCACAGACAGAGUGGAGGCCAUCCUGGAGCCAAAGGAUCUUUAUGUAGACAGGCCACUUCCAUAUCUGAUCGGUUCCCAGGCCUUCAUGGAACAAGAGGAUGUAGGACUUGGUGACCUCUCAAGUGAUGAGAUGUCAGUGGACAGUGACAGAGACAGUGUCAUUGAGAGUGAAGAAGGAAAAGAAGCCGUUCAAUCAGAUGAUGACUUUAUUCAGGAGGAGGAUGAGGAUCACAAUAAUUUCAAGAAGAAGCCGUCCAUGUUGAGUUAUGAUGAUGAUGAUGAAGAGGAGGACGACGAGGAUUCUGACAUAUUUGGAGAAUCAGAUAGGGAUGAUGACGAGGACUCAAAGAACACAGGCCCAUCGUCUUUUGCUGACGAGCUAGCCGCCCGAAUCAAAGGCGAACCAAUUAAGAAACCAGAAGGAGAUCGUGCAUCAAUAACAUCUAAGAAGAAGACUAAAGGCAGAAAGGAAACAAAGCCUGUAAAGCCUCAGGCUGAAGAGGACAGUGAUGACAUAUUCAAGCCACCAAAGAUGGAUGAAGACGACCUGUCGCCCUUUGGAGGGAAAAGCGGCCUCUUCAGUGGAGGGAAGGGUCUGUUUGACGACGAUGACGAGGGUGAUCUAUUCUCUGAUGCACCAAAACCUCCUGUAUCUGAAGAGAAGAAAGCUCAGAAUGAAAGCGUGAAAACCACAAUCCAAGCGGCAGAAUCUGACAAACCCGCAAAGAAGAUUCCAGCUGGUGCCGUUUCAAUUUUCCCAGAUAACAGCCUGUUCAGUUCAGCAAACAACUCUGAUUCAGUGGAGAGCAAGGAAAACGGAACUGCACCCAGACAGCUUCCUACAGCAGCUGGUGUUGUGGGAGGAGGUGGAGGUCUGUUUGAUGAUGAGGAGGAAGAGGACGAUGACUUCUUCAGUGGUAAAAGCUUGAAGAAACCUGACCCUGCUGGACAGGAGAAACCAAAACCCAAGAAAGCUAUUGACCUUUUCGAUGAAGACGACGAGGAUGGGGAUAUUUUCAGUGAGAAGAACAGUGUGCCAGCUCCUGCUCAAAACAAGAAGGAGGCAGUGGAAGAGCCAAUUAAACAUCCUGAGAAAAAGCUGCCAGCUGGGGCCAUCUCCGUGUUCGGUCCUGGAACUAAAAACUUGCUCAUAGAGGGCCUGAAAAAACGCCAGCAGUCAACCAGCGAGGAAUCUGAGAAAUCUGAGGAGAACGGUGCGGCUCCAGAUGCUGUUAAGGCUGCUGUCAAGCCUGCUCAGAAACCUCAGACUAGAGGCCUUUUCUCUGAUGAUGAAGACACACUGGGAUUUCCAACCAUCACUAAGAGCCAGUCUAUGCCUGAACCUACAAGCCAGAACAAAACCAGCAAAGCCCCUCUGUCAUUAUUCGAUGAAGAGGAGGAAGAGGAUUUGUUUGCAUCUGCAGCUAAGUCUAAACCAAAACCCAAUCAAUCUAAAGCCUCCACACCGCAGCCCAACAAGGCUUUAUCCAGCUCCCUCUUCAGUGAUGAUGAGGACCAAUGGCUAAGUUCCAAAAGUAGCCCAGAGAAGUCAGAGGUCAAGUCGGGAGGGAUGAAGCCCAGUGCCAGUGCCCCCUCCAGCCUCCCUAGUGCCAAAACGUCUCACAAAAGCAGCCUGUUUGAUGACGAUGAUGAUGACCUGUUUGCUCCAACAAAAGAGUCGAGUCAGAAGAAGCCUCAGAGAGUUGCUCUCUUGUUUGAAGAUGAGGGCGAUGAAGAUAAAGGGUCUCUCUUUGGCAUCAAACCUGCCGUCAACACAAACAGUGCAGCCCCAGCCUCUAAACCACCUGCUUUGGCCGAUCAGUCGUCCUCCUUGAUGGAGAAAUCAGAGGAGGUUGCAGUGUCUAGAACGGACGACAAGCCUUCAGAGGAAGAGAAACCGGCAGCAAAGACCCCCGAGCUGAUCCCGUCAUCGUCGCCCUCGCCGCACAGCAACGAAAGUAAAAAGAAACCUGCGGGAGCAGUCAGUCUUUUUGGUGGAAUCGAUAUUUUUGGAAACACGCAGACACAGAGCCCAUUGGAUGAAAAUGACCAGGAUGAUGGCUUAUUCACUAAGGAUAGCCCACCAAUGAGUGUGAAGAAGGAGGAGAAGAAAGAAGAAAAAGUCAAAAGUAACACCGUCAGUCUGUUUGAUGAUGAGGAAGUAGAUGAUUCAGAUUGGAAUGAUUCGAUUUUCACGCCCAGUAAACCCACAGCAAAAAACGCAGUAAAGUCUACAGAGGAGCGACCACAAACAAAGAGCACCGGUGUGUUCCAGGACGAGGAGCUGCUGUUCAGUCACACGCAGCAGAAGGACAACGACCCAGAUGUCGACCUCUUUGCCACCUCAGGAAAAGCUGCGAGCUCCAAGCCCAGCUCAGUGAAGCCAGCAGCCCAGAGUCUGUUUUCAGAUGAAGAUGAGGAAGACCUCUUUGGCUCCAUCAAGCCCAAAACUCCCCCUCCAAAAGUAGCUGAGAAGCCGAGUAAACCUACUGACAAAGCACCACUCGCAAGUCAAGAAUCUGUAGCAGAGAUUAAGAAAGCUGCACCAAGUGUUGUAAAACCUAAAGAUUCCUCAUCAAGGAUUGGGAAACUUCAAGCCAAUCUGAUGAUCAACCCUGCUGCGUUGCUGCCUGGUGCCAUCCCCACUUUGCCAGGGAGUGCCUUCCCUGGCAUAGGCCCCAGUUCUUCCUCUGGGGUGUCCAGCUCCAGCCUGAGUCCCAGCCCUGUCACGACUCCUGUAUCCAAGGCUAGCAGUGAGGUAGCAGUGAGCUUUGACUGCCCAGUCCAGGCUACAACCCUGCAGAGUGCACACAAGAGGCGUGCCAAAGGUCCUGCACAGCGGAGACCCCAGUCCAGAGCAGCUAGGCAGCAAGAAGCCCACAAAUCUGUGGUGGAUGAAGAACAGACCCAGACUCAAAACGUUUCCGUCUCUAACCCAAGUCCGUCUGGUUUAGUCUUACCUUCACCAGACAAGGCAGGUCAGACACAUGCCAGUCCCACACUACCUAACUCAGCUGCACCUAAAGCUUCGCCGACCUCCUCAAAUUCCCAGCAUUCUCUCCCUGAAACCUCCUCAAGACCUUUUGCACUGACACUGCCAGUAUCCACAAAUGAUGGAAAGAAAGACUCUAGUAAAGAUGGCAACAGUACCAAGGUGCUGCCUUUAUCCGACGAGGAUGACCUUUUUGGCUCGGACAGUCUGUUUGGGGUCCCAAACACAUCCUCCACUAAACAAACUACCAAGACUUCAACACCUCUGGCCAGUAGCGAUGUGGGACUGAAGAAAGACACGGACAAAAGCACACUCCCGUCCAUUUUUGAUGACAGCACCAACGACCUUUUCCAAAAGGUUAAGCCAAAGUCAACGACUAAGACCGCAAUGGCCUCGUCCUUUUUGGAAGAAGACGACGAUGAGGACAUCUUUGGAGUGAGCAACCGCUCCACGCCCUCAUCCACAAAUAGUAAAGACAUCAACGACAGCAGCACUUUUUUAAAGCAGGACAUUUUCAAGGAUGAAGUAGCCAUCGUGCCUAAAGCUGACAAGAAGCACAAAGAGAAGACCAUUGAUGCCAGCUUGUUUGACGACAACAUUGACAUUUUUGCUGACCUGACGGACUCGUUAAAGCCAAAACAGAAGUCCAAGACAAAGGGAGAGACCAAGUCGAUAUUUGAUGACGACAUGGAUGACAUCUUCUCACCAAGCGCAGUAAAAACAAUCACAAAGGCUCCAAACAAGUCAAAGAAGACGCCGCCGUCUCAGGAGAGCAUUGCAGCAGCUGAUUCAAGCAACAUCUUUGAUGAUCCACUAAACGCUCUUGGUGGGAACUGAUUGCGUAGCCAGAUUUGUAAAAUUGUGAAUUAAAUCUUUUGUCAUGUGGAUGGCUGAACGAUUGGAGAUCGGAUAUACACUGUUGAUAGAGUAUUUAUUCAUAUGAAUUCAUAUAAAUACUGUGGCAUAUUUUUUUCAGAUAAAGUCUCAAAUGAAAAUAAUUUCAGUCAUCUUCCAACAACACUUCCAAAAUCAUCUCUGUAUCACAUCAUAUUAUGUAACAGUCAAUGUGUACUGUUAAUCUUUAUUAUACAUGAUAGCACUUUAUAAGCAUACCAUAUGCUUAGCCUCAAAGCCUGCAGAAAUUAACAGUAAAUUGUUGUUUAUUUUGAAAAUGUUUAUUGUUUGGCUUUUCCAUGUUGAGAUUCCAUGUCUUUGAGUUUGUGCCAUAUCAUGGUUAUGAGAAAUCAAUGUGUUUACUUAAUGUCUUAGGCAUUUUGACCAUGUUUUUAUUAAUAGAAAGUUCAUCAAUUUCUUAACUUUGGCUGUGAUAUAAAGGAAAUUCAUUUUUAAUAACUAAAAGAAACAUAUUUUAUGCUA